CUGCAGCCGCCGCACGGCACUGGCGCUCCCGCUAGUCGAGCUCCAGCUGCCCCGCGCUCCCCUGGCCAGCCCCAGCCCUGCCCUGCCCUGCCCCGCGUUCUCCCAGGCUGCCUUCGCCCCCUGGCCCCUUCCUCCCUGUGCCUGGGCAGCGGCUGGGCGCCGCGAUGCCCGCAGGACGCACGCGGGACUCCCGACGCCGGCAGUGAUGGGGCAGAUCUCUGAAGGAAGGCAUUUCUUGGUGCAGCUUAUGAAAAUAAUGCAGUGAAAAUCUCGGCCAGUUGUGGAAAUAUUGGCCAAAUUCCAAAUCCAAGUAUAGCAUUUCUUAUAUUCAGUUGUACCUCAUCCUAGAAGAACCAUGUAUGGGAGUGCGAGAACAAUCAGCAACUUGGAAGGUAGCCCUUCCCGGUCACCUCGCUUGCCAAGGUCACCUCGUUUGGGCCACCGGAGAACCAGUAGUGGAGGUGGGGGAGGAACGGGUAAGACAUUGUCCAUGGAAAACAUCCAGUCCCUUAAUGCAGCCUAUGCAACAUCUGGACCAAUGUACUUGAGUGACCAUGAGGGGGUUGCAUCCACGACUUUCCCCAAGGGCACGAUGACCCUCGGAAGGGCUACGAACCGAGCUGUGUAUGGUGGUCGGGUCACAGCCAUGGGGAGCAGCCCCAAUAUUGCAUCUGCUGGUCUCUCCCACACUGAUGUCCUUUCCUACACUGACCAGCAUGGGGGUCUGACUACGUCGUCUCAUCAUCACCACCACCAAGUUCCUUCCAUGUUGAGACAGGUAAGGGACAGCACCAUGCUAGAUUUGCAGGCUCAGCUCAAGGAGCUGCAGCGGGAGAAUGAUCUCCUCCGCAAAGAGCUAGACAUCAAAGACAGCAAGUUGGGGUCCUCCAUGAAUAGCAUUAAGACGUUCUGGAGCCCUGAACUCAAGAAAGAAAGAGUCCUGCGCAAAGAAGAGGCAGCCCGCAUGUCUGUUCUCAAGGAGCAGAUGAGGGUCUCGCAUGAAGAAAAUCAGUUUUUGGAUGCCAGGAGAACAAAGCACCUGCAGUUGACAAUCCAGGCUCUUCAGGAUGAGCUCCGAACCCAGAGAGACCUUAAUCAUCUCCUCCAACAGGAGAGUGGCAAUCGUGGAGCUGAGCACUUCACCAUCGAGCUGACAGAGGAGAAUUUCCGAAGGCUCCAAGCUGAGCAUGACCGCCAGGCCAAAGAGUUGUUCCUCCUGCGGAAGACCUUAGAAGAGAUGGAGCUGAGGAUCGAAACCCAGAAACAGACCCUCAAUGCCCGCGAUGAAUCCAUCAAAAAACUCCUAGAAAUGUUACAAAGCAAAGGUUUGCCUUCGAAAGGCAUGGAAGAUGACAAUGAGAGAACCCGAAGGAUGGCUGAGGCAGAAUCUCAGGUGAACCAUUUAGAAGUGAUCUUAGACCAGAAGGAGAAGGAAAACAUCCAUCUGAGAGAGGAGCUGCACAGGAGGACCCAACUUCAGCCGGAACCGGCAAAGACGAAGGCUCUUCAGACUGUCAUAGAAAUGAAGGACACAAAGAUUGCUUCCCUGGAGCGGAACAUCCGGGACCUGGAGGAUGAGAUCCAGAUGCUGAAAGCCAACGGGGUCCUGAACACGGAGGAGCGUGAGGAAGAGAUCAAGCAAGUGGAGGUGUACAAGAGCCAUUCCAAGUUCAUGAAGAACAAGGUGGAUCAGUUGAAACAGGAAUUCUCCAAGAAGGAAUCGGAACUUCUCGCCUUACAGACCAAGCUGGAAACCCUCAGCAACCAGAAUUCGGAUUGCAAACAGCAUAUUGAGGUGCUCAAAGAAUCUCUAACCGCCAAAGAGCAGCGGGCGGCCAUCCUGCAGACAGAGGUUGAUGCCCUGAGAUUACGACUGGAAGAGAAAGAAUCUUUCCUCAACAAAAAGACCAAACAGCUACAGGACCUCACGGAAGAGAAAGGGACGCUGGCCGGAGAGAUCCGAGAUAUGAAGGACAUGCUGGAAGUGAAGGAAAGGAAGAUCAACGUGCUGCAGAAAAAGAUAGAAAACUUGCAAGAACAAGUCAGAGACAAGGACAAACAGCUGAGCAACCUGAAGGAUCGGGUGAAGUCUCUGCAGACGGAUUCCAGUAACACCGACACAGCCCUGGCAACCUUAGAAGAGGCUUUGUCUGAAAAGGAGAGAAUCAUCGAGCGCUUGAAAGAACAGAGGGAACGCGAUGAUCGAGAACGCCUAGAAGAAAUUGAAUCCUUUCGAAAAGAGAACAAGGAUCUGAAGGAGAAGGUCAAUGCUCUGCAAGCCGAGCUCACGGAGAAAGAGUCUAAUCUAAUUGACCUCAAGGAACAUGCCUCCUCCUUGGCAUCCGCGGGCCUGAAGCGGGAUUCCAAAUUAAAGUCCCUGGAAAUAGCCAUAGAACAAAAGAAAGAGGAAUGUAGUAAGUUGGAAGCGCAAUUGAAGAAGCAAGCUGAGCAGCUGUUCAAUCAGAUGUACCACCCCGCUCAUAAUGUUGAAGAAGACUCCAGGAUGAACCCUGAAUUUGCAGAUCGAAUGAAGCAGUUGGACAAAGAGGCAUCUUACUAUCGUGAUGAAUGUGGCAAAGCCCAGGCAGAAGUUGACAGGCUCCUGGAGAUCCUCAAGGAGGUGGAGAACGAAAAGAACGAUAAAGACAAGAAAAUUGCCGAACUCGAAAGCUUGAAUUCCAGACAUAUGAAAGACCAGAAUAAGAAAGUGGCCAACCUUAAACACAACCAACAACUGGAAAAAAAGAAGAAUGCCCAGUUAUUGGAAGAAGUGCGAAGGAGGGAGGAUAACAUGGCGGACAACUCCCAGCACUUACAGUUAGAAGAGCUGAUGAAUGCCCUUGAAAAGACCAGACAAGAACUGGAUGCUACCAAAGCUCGCCUCGCCUCAACACAGCAGUCCCUGGGUGAAAAAGAAGCACAUUUGGCCAACCUACGGAUAGAGAGGAGAAAACAGCUUGAGGAAGUCCUGGAGAUGAAACAGGAAGCCCUGCUGGCUGCUAUCAGUGAAAAGGAUGCCAAUAUAGCCUUGCUUGAACUGUCUGCUUCCAAGAAGAAGAAGACACAAGAGGAAGUCAUGACCCUGAAACGUGAAAAAGACCGAUUGGUGCAUCAGUUGAAGCAGCAGACCCAGAACAGAAUGAAGUUGAUGGCUGACAAUUACGACGAAGACCAUCACCAUUACCAUCAUCAUCACCACCAUCACCAUCACCGGUCUCCUGGGAGGUCCCAGCAUUCCAACCACAGACCCUCUCCAGACCAGUUAUCUGACAGAGAGGCUGGAUGGAGAAAGAAGAUACUGUCCCGCAAAAAUGCUCUGAUAAUCUAUUGCAGAGGAUCCCACACCCCUCCCUCACGAUGGCCAGAAUGGAGGGGGUCAUAGCAAUGGAAGAUGAAUGUUCCUUUUUUGCUGUCUGAUGCAAGACCUAAGGACUGGAUAUGUUCUGCCUUAUCUCGUCUUGUCUCUUGCAAAGUCCAUUCUGUUCAAGAGCAGAAAAGUAGAGUGGAUGGACAGGACACAGCCUUCAUUUUUCAGAGUGGAUGAAUUAUUUUUUGUUUUGUUUUGGAGCUUGGGGGUUAACAAUGUGACCACCUCUCCUAAUUCUCAUUCCUUAAUAAUGUUCAGUUUGAGUUAUUUCAAUGCCAUUUGAUAAAUUUUAAUACUACCAAAGUUUAAUUGUGUGAUAAAAUUUCUGUUUAGAUGUAUUAACUUCAUCUCCAAUGACUAUGCUAAUUUGGUCAAUAGUGUCAUUUCAAAUGCAUCAGAUUAUCAAAGAAAAAAAGAAAAAGAAUGAAAGGAAGGAAGGAAGGAAGAAAGGAAGAAAGAAAGAAAGAA